AUGAAUGCUCUGAUACUCCAUGGGAGGAGCAAACGACGCACACUCCUGGCGAGCUUGACGCGGCACCUGGCCAGGAACCUCACCAGCGGGCCGCUGCCGACACAGCCCCCCGCCAUCUCGAAGCUGCUGGUGGCCAAUCGCGGGGAGAUUGCAUGCAGAGUCCUCACCUCUGCAAGGAAGCUUGGCAUUCCGAGCGUUGCGGUGUACAGCGAGGCAGAUCGGGCGGCCAAGCAUGUCUCCCUGGCCGACGAGGCCUUCUGCAUCGGGCCCGCCCCCGCCCGUGACAGCUACCUCCGCACCGACCGCAUCCUGGAGGUGGCCCAGCUGACCGGCACCACCGCGGUCCACCCCGGCUACGGCUUCCUGUCGGAGAACACCGAUUUUGCCGCGGCGCUGGAGGGCGCCGGGGUCGCGUUUGUGGGGCCCCCCGCCUCCGCCAUCCGCUCCAUGGGCAACAAGAGCGAGGCCAAGGCGCUGAUGUCGGCGGCAGGUGUGCCCGUGGUGCCCGGGUACCACGGCGCGGACCAGGCCGACGAGCGGCUGCAGGCCGAGGCGGACCGAAUAGGCUACCCCGUCCUGGUCAAGGCGGUGCUUGGGGGCGGGGGGAAGGGCAUGAAGCUCGCUGCCUCCCGUGCCGAGUUCAUGGACGCGCUCAACUCCGCGCGGCGCGAGGCGCUGGCGGGCUUCGGCGACGACCGAGUGCUGCUGGAGCGGUAUGUGCAGCGGCCGCGGCACGUGGAGGUGCAGGUGAUGGCUGACGCGCACGGCGCCGCCGUGUACCUCUUCGAGCGCGACUGCUCCGUGCAGCGGCGCCACCAAAAGGUGAUCGAGGAGGCCCCUGCCCCGGGCAUCAGCGAAUCCUUCCGGCGAUCCAUCGGCGAGUCGGCCACGGCGGCUGCGACGGCAGUCGGGUACCGCAACGCGGGCACCGUGGAGUUCAUCAUGGACACUGCCACUGGAGAAUACUUCUUCAUGGAGAUGAACACGCGGCUGCAGGUGGAACACCCUGUCAGCGAGGCCAUCUCCGGCGUGGACCUGGUGGAGUGGCAGCUGCGCGUGGCCGCGGGGGAGCGCCUGCCCCUGACCCAGGACCAGCUGCGCAUCGGGGGCCACGCCUUUGAGGCGCGGAUCUACGCCGAGAACCCGGCCAACAACUUUUUGCCGGCGGGGGGGCGGCUGCUGCGGUGGCGGCCCCCGCCCGGCGCCGCCGAGUUCGGGCCGGGCGCGGUGCGCGUCGACAGCGGCAUCAACCAGGGGGACCAGGUGGGCGUCCACUACGACCCCAUGAUCGCCAAGCUCAUCGUGCACGGCCCGACGCGCGAGGCGGCGCUGCGCACGCUGCACGCAGCCCUGGGCGAGACGCAGGUGGCGGGCCUGCCCACCAACAUCGAGUUCAUGCGCCGCGGUGGCGUCGACACCUCCUUCAUCGCCGAGCAUGAGGACAGCCUGCUGGAGAGGGUCGCCCCGGGCACCGACGAGCUUUGUCUGGCGGCCCUGAUCUACGCGGCGCCGCAUGCGUCCGGCGAGCCCUCGGCCUCCACCAAGGUCCCCUGCCCCGAGCCCUGGCGCCAGCCCAGCGCCUUCCGCGUCAACCACCCGGCGCGCGCGAGCGUGGGCUUCGGCCACGCCCCCGCCACCGGCGGCCUGGAGCUGGACCUGGUGGGGGCCGGCGGCGGCGUGACCCUGGAGGGGGCCGCCCUCGCGGAGGGGUCCGGUCUGGGCGCCGAGGCCCGCGUGGAGGCGCGGCACGUGGAGGUGACGGCCGACCGUGUCAGCGCCGAGCUGGCGGGGCGGCGAGUGCGCGGCGAUUAUGUAAUGCACGUCUGCGGCGAGGAGGAGGUGCUGGACCUGUGGGUAUUCGUCAGCGUGGGCGACUGGGUGGAGGAGGGCCAGCCCCUGGUGGCGGUGGAGGCCAUGAAGAUGGAGCACGCCGUGUGCGCGCCCUUCUCCGGCAACGUCGCCGAGCUGGCGGCGCAUGUGGGCGCACAGGUGGACGACGGGCACCAGCUGGCGCUCGUGGAGGCGGCGCCUGCGGAGGCCACGGCGUGA